UAUAACGUUCCCCUAUAUGUCUCAUUCCCUGUACCCAUAUGUAUAAUAACGUCCCAUGAAUGCAACCUCCUCCAUUUUUUUGCAGUGAACCCUGUCCUCCUGAGCCCUGGUUGUUCAUACACCACUGCAGGAUUAAAUUUUUUAAGUUGAAGAGAAAAUGUCACUUUACGAUGACUUGGGAGUUGAGACCAGCGAUUCUAAAACAGAAGGCUGGUCCAAAAAUUUCAAGCUACUACAGUCUCAAUUGCAGGUGAAGAAAGCAGCUCUCACACAAGCAAAGAGUCAGAGAACAAAACAAACAACAGUUCUUGCUCCAGUGAUUGAUCUGAAACGAGGUAGCUCUUCUGAUGAGAGGCAGAUUGUGGACACACCACCUCACGUAGCAGCUGGAUUAAAGGAUCCUGUACCUAGUGGUUUUUCUGCGGGAGAUGUGCUGAUUCCUCUGGCAGAUGAGUAUGAUCCCAUGUUCCCAAAUGACUACGAAAAAGUGGUAAAACGUCAGAGAGAGGAACGACAGAGGCAGCGUGAGCUGGAGAGGCAAAAGGAGAUUGAAGAAAGAGAAAAAAGACGUAAAGACAGACAUGAAGCCAGUGGGUUUUCAAGACGACCAGAUCCUGAUUCUGACGAAGAUGAAGAUUAUGAAAGGGAGAGACGAAAAAGAAGUAUGGGAGGAGCUGCCAUUGCACCACCCACUUCUCUUGUUGAAAAGGACAAAGAACCUGUAGCAUCUUUUCCAUUUGAAGAGGAGUCGAGACCUCGGGCACCAUCUUCCAAAGCAGCUAUUCCUCCUCCAGCGUACGAUGAGCCAGAAAGACCUCGUUCCCCCACAGGACCUAGCAACUCUUUCCUUGCUAACAUGGGAGGGACAGUAGCUCAUAAAAUCAUGCAAAAGUAUGGUUUCAGAGAGGGCCAGGGGCUGGGAAAGCAUGAACAGGGGCUGAGCACAGCACUGUCAGUAGAGAAAACAAGCAAGAGGGGUGGCAAGAUCAUUGUUGGCGAUUCUGCAGAGAAAGAAACGGGCAAGAAAGCAGAUUCUAACCCCUUGACUGAGAUACUGAAAUGCCCAACUAAAGUGGUCUUACUAAGGAACAUGGUAGGUGCGGGGGAGGUGGAUGAAGAUCUAGAAGUUGAAACUAAGGAAGAAUGCGAAAAAUAUGGCAAGGUUGGGAAAUGUGUCAUCUUUGAGAUUCCCGGUGCCCCUGAUGAUGAAGCUGUAAGAAUAUUUUUAGAGUUUGAACGGGUUGAAUCUGCCAUCAAAGCUGUUGUGGAUCUAAAUGGAAGAUACUUUGGAGGCAGAGUCGUGAAGGCUUGUUUCUACAACCUGGACAAGUUCAGAGUACUGGAUCUGGCAGAGCAAGUUUGAUUUUUAAAAAUCUAGCUCGAGGUGUCACUGUUUUGGCAAUCAUGUUUUCAGCGGUAGGCUGGGAAUAAAGAAGAGAAAAGUAGCUUUCCUAGCAAACUGGAAACAAGCCUCAUUGAAUGGAUUUUUCGCAUUCGUUGUGACUUACAUUUUUUUGUAAUAUAAAGCCCUUUGAAAGUAAGAUUCACGUCUGUGUGUUUUUGAAUUGCACAAUUCUGCUUAUUGCUCUGGGGAUCCUGGUUUUUUUGAGCUUUCAGAUGACUUCGUUCUUUUGAAAACCCACUGCUGAGGAGAUGCUUUGUCUGUAUUCCUGCUUUCCUUGUUCUGGUGCUUCAUCAUGGAGUCCCUGUGCUGCAUCCACGAUAAGUGGGAAGCUUUGGAAAAGGACUAUGUGCCAUCACGCUUAUUUUCCCUGAUGGUAUCUCUCAGAGUUACAGCCUUGCUCGCGUAAGUCCUCCCCGUCUGCACACCAGAGUGAUUUGGGGUCAGAGUGAUUUGGGGUUGUUGGACAAUUUGGCAGCUAGUUUGUUAUCUCCUGUCUCCAGGACAAUACUUCUUAUGCCAGAAUGGAGACUAAAAGUAACAAGGAAUGAGUCUGUCUUUCUUCCCAAAUCCAAAGAAAAUACACGUUUAACCCAGGGAAAUGGAAGGAGGAAGGAAUUUAAAAUGCUUAGCCAUUUGAAUCGGAAUGAGUGGGCUGUUGGCGGGAGCUCUGUGCUAUCAGGCAGUCUGCUAGAAAUAUCCAGGGUUAGCUGACUACAGGUCGUUACUGAAAUGCUAUAGGUAGAACUGAGGGAAACUCAUUCUUGUAUCUGGCCAGCUAUCAGAUUCUCACUUCCUCUAACAUCACACAUAGGUAACUAACUUUGUUUAAUUGAUUCAAACCUGGCAUUUGCAUUCUUUAUAUAUAUUUCUACAUUUGAGGUGAAGUAACAUCAGGGUUAGGUGUGGUUUUUCUGAGAAAGAGUGGCAGUGGAAGUUUUCAAAGUAGGAGGCGAUGGAAGAAAAUUCUCAUAUGAAAAUCUGAAGAGUUGACAAACUAAACUACUAAACACUACAAUUAUUUUUUUUUAUCUGAUGUAAAAUAAUACACAGCGCACUGCUCCUGAUUUUAUGUUUGCUUUUUGUUUGGGAACAGUAUGUUGGCAAGAGGUGGCUAUGCAACGGUGGCAGUUGUCUGCUCCAUUGCACCUAGAAUUGUGCAGAUAUUAAAAUGGAAGUGAGCUCUGAGGGCAUUUUAGCUGUUUGAAAGCUGAUGCUGGAUGUCUUUUUCCUGUUAUACACCUGUAUUGGGGGGAGGGGGUAUAGACCUGUAGUUGAUCAAUGCUGUGAAUAUCUCCAGUUAUUGCCAUUUUACUACGUUUUGGCUGCAGAUCUAUAUGACAAACCCUUGGUCUCGUGUUUUGCUCAUUUUGUCUGUUUGUGUUCCACCAACCUCUGUACAAACAUUCGCUUGUAAAACAGAAAACGAUUUUUAAAAAAAAAAAACAAAACAAAACCAAACUUGUAUUUUACUUACUGCGUGUUGGCUUCCUUUACUGUCCUCUGCUGUUGCACAAGGCCUUCCCACAGAGUCAGUCACUUCCACACCACGUGUGCUGCUGUUGGCAAUGGUUGUAAUCCACCGUUAGAAAACCUCGCUGCAGCGGAGGUGAAGAACCGGCCUGACUAAUACUAAAACCACAGCACUUGGGGCAAUAACAGAAUCUAGAUUCUGUUAUUGGCUCUGCUGCUAGUUUUCUGUUCGACCUUGAGCAACGUUUUAAGGCCUUUGCUACUAUGUAGUAAAACAAAGAAAUUAGCCUAAUAGGCAUUAGCACAGAUUUGCUUCUAAGAGUCAAAUAAUUUGAGUGGCAUGCUGUAGAAAGUUAAGCACUGAUAACAGAUUUAAUACGGUCUGAACUUAGCUUGAAAUAUGACUUGGCUUUAAGCAACAUGGUUUAUUUACGGCUCUUAUUUCAGCAAAUUCUGAGUGACUGGCUGUAAGCAUUUCCUGAGGUAUACAGACUCUUUUUUGUGUCUCCUAACCAGCUCUUCUGCUGUUUUCUCUGUAAUGCCAGCUUCUGAGCUUCCAGUUUGAUGAGUUGGAGGUUUUCCAUUUGCUGAGAACUGCUUUACUGGCAAGUUUUGAACCGUUUAGUUCUAAAAAUCCUUAUUGUGGCUGAAGACUUAGGGGUAAAGUUUACCUCUGGAAAUGGAGGGGAGAGGACUUGUUCGUUUAGUGGUUUGUGUAGGAGAUUCAUGGUAUAAAUAAUUUUUCUGUACCAUGGGGUCACUAAGACAGCAUAAGCGUACCUCCUCCUAAUGAGUUAGCAGACCUACGUU